AUGGUCCUCUCCACCUUCCAUUGGCUUCCGUAUUUGAACCCUGUUUUCUUUUACGCCUCCCUUUCUCUCGCUCCUGGUAUGCCAGACCGGCAACCAAACCAUUCUUUGUUUUUUCGUUGUAAUUCUACAUAUCUGUUAUUCUCUUUCUGUCUUUUCAAUGACAACGAUCGCUCUUUCUCUUCCUCUUUUUCUUUCUACUUUUAUUCUACUCUUCCAUCUUUCAUGUCCUUUUCUCCUUCUUUUUUACUUUCUUUCUUUCUUUCCUCUCCAUUCUGUCUUACUUUUCUUUCUUUUUCUUUCUUUUUUUUCUUAUCUCUUCUCACCAUUCUUUCUUACUUUCUUUCUCUCUUUCAUUCCACUUUGUUUGCUUCUUUCUUACUUCUUCCAUUCAUUCUAUCUCUUUUACUUUCUUUCUUUCUUUCUUUCUUAUCUCUUCUCACCCUUCUGUCUUACUUUCUUUCUCUCUUUCAUUCUUACUUUGUUUCUUUCUUUCUUAUCUCUUCUCACCAUUCUGUUCUACUUCCUUUCUCUCUUUCUUUCUUACAUUUUUAUUUCUUUCUUAUCUAUUCUCGCCAUUCUAUGUCUUUUACUUUCUUUCUUGCUUUUUUCUUUCUUUCUUUCUAA